UUCACUCUUGAUUAGCAUUAAGUAUUGCAAAAACACUGGUCCAAAAAAAAGGAAGCUGUAACACUUGACAGGUUACUGCUAGUGCUACAAGUAACCCACAUGUGAAGAUGAGCGUCCCAGACUACAUGCAGUGUGCCGAGGACCACCAGACCGUACUAGUGGUGGUCCAGCCGGUUGGCAUAGUACCCGAGGACCAGUUCUUCAAGAUCUACAAACGCAUCGCCAGCGUGAGCCAGGUGAGCAUCAGAGACUCGCAGCGCCUCCUCAUUCGCUACCGCCACCACUAUCUGCCCGAAAAUAACGAGUGGGGAGACUUCCAGACGCACCGCAAGGUGGUGGGCCUCAUCUCCAUCACCACCUGCGCCUCGGCCAAGGAAUGGCCCCAGACGGCCGAGCGCUUCCACGGACAGAAGGAGGUGUACAGCUCCACGCUGUACGAUUCGCGCUUGCUGGUGUUUGGGCUGCAGGGGGACAUUGCAGAGCAGCAGCGGACCGACGUGGCCUUCUACACCAGCUUUGAAGACUGCCCGGAUGUGGAGAAGAGAGUGGAUGACUUUGUGGGGUCGAUAUUUAUUGUUCUGGAGUCCAAGCGGCUUGACCGGGCCACGGACAAGUCAGGGGACAAGAUACCACUGCUCUGUGUGCCCUUUGAGAAGAAGGACUUUGUGGGUUUGGACACAGAUAACAGUCCUGUGAGUUUAUUGUUGGGUGUGAAAAGGCAUUAUAAAAAGCGUUGCCAGGGGCGGAUGAGGAAGCAUGUCGGGGACUUGUGUCUCCAGGCAGGCAUGCUGCAGGACGCCCUGGUCCACUACCACAUGGCUGUGGAGCUGCUCAGGGGGGUUAAUGACUUCCUCUGGCUGGGUGCUGCGUUGGAGGGUUUGUGUUCAGCUUCGGUCAUAUUCCACUACCCUGGAGGCACGGCGGGGAAGACUGUAGCACGCAAGCCAAGCAUCUCCCAGCCGGCAGACGCAGGGAAACGCCACAGACCAGGGGCUCAGGAGGUUCUCAUUGACCCAGGUGCCCUCACAGCCAACGGCAUCAGUGCAGACACCAGCACUGAGAUUGGACGUGCAAAGAACUGCCUGAGUCCUGAGGACAUUAUCGAGAAAUACAAAGAGGCCAUCUCCUACUAUGGAAAGUAUAAGAACGCAGGGGUGAUCGAGCUGGAGGCCUGUGUGAAAGCGGUCAGGGUGCUGGCCAUUCAGAAGAGAGCCAGGGAGGCUUCUGAAUUCCUGCAAAACGCUGUUUACAUCAACCUGGGACAGCUCUCAGAAGAGGAGAAGAUCCAACGCUACAGUAUCCUGUCGGAGCUCUACGAACUGAUCGGCUUCCAUCGCAAGUCUGCGUUUUUCAAGCGCGUUGCAGCCAUGCAGUGUGUGGCUCCCACCAUCCCAGAGCCCGGCUGGAGGGCCUGCUACAAGCUGCUGCUGGAGACGUUGCCUGGAUACAGCUUGUCACUUGAUCCCAAAGACUUCAGCAAAGGUACCCACCGAGGCUGGGCUGCUGUUCAGAUGCGCCUCCUACAUGAGCUGGUGUACGCCUCCCGUCGCAUGGGCAACCCCGGCCUGUCUGUGCGCCACCUGUCCUUCCUGCUGCAGACCAUGCUGGACUUCCUGUCCGAUCAAGAGAAGAAAGAGGUGACCCAGAGUCUGGAGAACUACACCUCCAAGUGUCCGGGCGGAAUGGAGGUCAUCACGCUUCCUGAUGGCCUGAAGCUCCCUCCGGUGCCCUUCACAAAGCUCCCCAUUGUCCGAUCAGUGAAGCUCCUCAAUCUGCCAGUCAGUCUGCGUCCUCACAAAGUGAAAGGCCUGCUGGGACAGAAUAUGUCCACCGCCAGCCCCUUCAUCUACUCACCAAUCAUCAUGCACAACAGAGGAGAGGAGCGUUGUAAGAAGAUAGACUUCCAGUGGGUUCAAGGAGAUGUUUGUGAAGUACAGCUCAUGGUCUACAACCCCAUGCCUUACGAAUUGCGUGUGGAGAACAUGGGUUUGCUGACAUCUGGAGUAGAGUUUGAAUCCCUGCCUGCUGCGCUGUCCCUGCCUGCAGAGUCUGGCCUGUACCCCGUCACUCUGGUUGGCGUCCCACGUACAGCUGGCAACAUCACAGUCAAUGGUUACCACACGUCAGUGUUUGGUGUAAACAGUGAUUGCCUGUUGGAGGGCCUGCCUGCUGUGAAGACCAGUGGCUGUUUGGUGGAGGUCAUUCCCUCCCUUCCUCGUCUCCAGCUCAGCACAUCACUACCACGAUCAGCCCACACGCCUCAGCCAACAUCCAAAGAGGAACUGUCCAGCACCGUGUCCCUACAACUUUUCAACGGGGAGACCCAGCAGCUGACCAUCACCUUGAAGAACAUUGGAUCUGAGGACAUCGAGACGCUGGAACUCACCUCUAAGAUUGUCAGCACCAAAGAGAAAGUGUUUGGGGAGUUUCUGAGCUGGGAGCUAGAGGAGGCUUUGUCUCACCUGCCUCUAAAGUCCGGCCAGGCUGUGACACUGACUGUCAGCAUCAAAGUCAAGCUGGACUUCUCUGGUCAGGAGAGCCUGCUGCAGGACCUCAAUGAUGAUGGGAUCAGUGUGACAGGCCUGCCAAUGUCCAGUCCUCUGCGCCAAGUUCUCAAACCCAGGCCCGAGAACAAGUCCGUCAGCAGUGAGUCCGGCAAGGCAGAGUACAGCCAUAUUAAGACUUUGGAAGCAGUGCUGAACUUCAAGUAUUCGGGGGGAGCAGGCAAAGUGGAGGGUUACUACAGGGAGCUGUCUUUGGGAGUCCAUGUUGACGUGGAGCCAUCUGUAUUCUUUACCAGAGUCAACACACUCCCUGCAACCAGCACUCGCCAGUGUCACCUACUGCUCGACAUCUUCAACCCAACGGAGCACGAGCUCACUGUCGGCGCCAAGAACAACCAGGAACUGGUUCUCCAUGCCAGCGAGUGCCAGAGGAUGGCCAUCCAGGUUGACAAGUUUGACUUUGAGAGUCUGCCACAGCCGGACCAGGAGACGGCUCGCUUCACUAACCCCAAACAGCUGGAGGAGGAGCGACAACAUGCCCAGGGCUACCAGAUCAACAGCAAGCUGGGCAUCUGUUGGAGCAUCCCCUCCCUGCGGCGCCGUGGAGAGGCCAGUGUGGAGGGAGUCCUCAACCAGCUGGUCCUGGAGCACCUACAGCUCGCUCCUUUGCAGUGGGAUGUGUUGGUGAAUGGGAAGCCAUGUGACUGCGAUGUCAUUGCCGACUGUAAAGCGGGUGACGCUGUCACCCUGGAGGUACAGCUGACCAAUCGGAGCAAGAACUCAGUGGGCCCCCUGGCGCUGACGGUGGUGCCCUAUCAGGACUUCCAGAACGGAGUCCAGAACUACAAUCUUGAGGACGCGGUCACCUUCAUCGGCUCCAACACCUUCUACAUUGACACGGUUAAACCCAAGGAAAACUCUGUCUGCGUGGGUGCCCUGCUCUUCCUCUACACUGGAGAUUUCUACCUCAAGAUCAAGUUCCAGGACGACAGUGCUGGACGAGAGCUUCCUUUAGCCUGGUUCACUCUGCCCAGCGUCCACAUCCGAGCCCUGGCCACUCCGCUGCAGGCUGGGGCCUGACGUUCUGGUGGCCUCAACAUUGUAGCUCUGAAUGAAAGAUGAAGAGUUUUGAUGCUGAAGUUUUCUGUAAAUACACAAUUUUUUGGGGAGUUGAAUCACAUGUAAAUAUCAUUUUGGUUAAGGUUACAGCAAGUGUACAGUAUAGUGCAGCCGCACAAACUCACACAAACACACUUCCGCACACAGUCAGUGCGUAUGUGGCUAUCUAGUUAAUGAUACAGCUAACAUCUGUACAGUGAUUGGAAAUCCGCUUUGAAUGUUAUCAGUUAUUUAUCACUGCCAUGGAUGUGAUAUGGUCCUACCCUACCUCAGUAGGCCGUUAGCAUCUAUUGGGAAGCUGGAUCAUCCAUCUGCAUCAAAACAUUAGACACUCAGAGAAACUGCUCGGCCGUAGCUCUGUAAGAUGAAGACCACCAAUGGUAGGGCAUGUAAAGAAACAGUAGGAACAUACUCAGGACUUUCCCACAGGAGACCACUGUUCAACAAAAAGUCACCAAAAGUCUGAGUUUACUAUAAGUUACGAUUGCUACGUGCUAAGUUAUGUUCCUGACCAAGCUACCGGCAACCAUUACCAUGUGAAUAGGGGUUAGAGUUGUGGUUCCAUGAUGAACGGUCUUUUGAACCUGCUAGUAGGUGUAGCAGGCCCUUCUAACCCAUGUCUAUGAGGCUGAAAACCACUAAUAACCCCCAUUCAAUGGAGUGAUAACAUCCAAAUCAAGCCACUUCUAUUUCUUUUUCUGUACACAUUGUUAAAGGCUUGGACCUAAAUCACUGCCAUCAGUGGACUCUCUCCUGGAGUAAGUACAUUUGACUUAUGCUUUCGCAUUAUGUUUUACUUUGACACAUGAAUUCACGCUAUAGCAAUAGCUGAAAGAAUUGAGCCAGGCGCCAAGUCUUUCUUCCUAGGACUGCUAAGUCACGACCCGCCUUACUCUGCCUCUGAUUGGCUGGUACUCAUUGCCUUUGUUGGUUGGUUGGUUAGCUCCAGGCAUGAGGAGUGAGAUUGGUUAGGGUAAGAAUACCAGGGUCCGUAAAUAAGAGGCAGAGUAGGGCAGGCCAUGUCUUUGCCAUCCUAGGAAAAAAAAAUACCACAAGCCGGACAGUCUUGUGUUGUUGUUUUUUAUCUUAUUAGCUGUGUCACACCAUUCAUGUUUUAUCACCCUGCUCUGCCAGAGUAUGAUCUGCUCCACUAAAGAGAUGCAGUAUGGCUUAAUCGUUAGACAGGAACACAUGCAUGUCCUUGAAUUAACUGUGUAAACUUCCUUUCCGGUUUGCACCGUUUGGCUAGCUAACUUGCUAACUGGUAGUUAGCUAACUGCUAGCUAGCUGAACUGAUUACAGUGAAGGAUAUCCAGGGCACGAAAUGCUCGACUCCAGCCCCGACUGUUCUGAGAAAAUAGACCAACGUCCACCACCGAGGUGCGACCGAGCACUAAUAUUGUCACACUUGUUUUUAUAUUUAGCAGUUGUUGUUUUUUUAUAAUCACAGUGCCAUUUAUGUUAACUUGUCUUUUGAAUAACAAAAUAUCUACUGAAAGAAAAUUAGGAAAAUUAGUGUUAAGGGGCAGAAGAUCUCAGAGCCCCGACUGAAGGAGAGGAGCUGUAAAACCAACACUGGAAAUGUGAUAUAAGCCAGAGUCUAUAGCCAGUUAUGGACACAUAAAAUAUAUUUAUUGCUACUGCUGUAUGGAUAUUUUCUCUUGCCUCUGUGCCACCACAAUGAAUUAUUGAGGAAUCUGACUGUCUAAGAUUAGCCUAUCAUCAUGUGCAACCUAUAAUUGUUGUAAAUAAAUGCUAAAUGAAGCAACCUGUGUUUGUUUUGACAUAAUUAUAACUCUUUGCAUUCGUCUAAACCCUCCAUUAUA